UUGUGAAUGAUUCAACACUUGUCCACUUUGUGAGUCACUACAACCAGGCUUAACCCAUCCUUGGAAAAAUGUCAAGAAUAUGGUGAAUUGUGAUUUUGGAAAAAUAUACAAUGUCCAGUACACAUCCUAUAUGACCAAAAAGCCAAAUCAGGUUGACUUCAUUAUAUGCAAAUGUCUGUGAAUGAAACUUGAAACUCACUUGUAUCAUCAUGAGACAGAAUUAUGGCUUUGUUCAAACUAAAGAUAAUGAAAGUGGAAUCAGAUGUCCUUUAUCUGGUCAUUAGAACAGCAAAUGUUGGGAUUUUCCAUUUGGUAUCUGUUUAUCACCAACACAUCUUUGUCUGUUUCUUUCCCCCUCCUCCUGUUUUUGAUGCUGGCUGUACAUGCAACACCAAGACUAUGCUGAACAUCACCUCAGCCCCUGAAUUCAUCCUACUGGGCUUCUCUGGAUUCCAGGAGUUCCAGAUCCUGUUGUUCUUCAGUUUCUUGGUAGUCUACCUCUUCAUUCUCCUUGGCAAUGCCUUGAUCAUUCUCCUCUCAAAUAUGGAUUUGGCUCUACAUGUCCCCAUGUACUUCUUCCUGAGCAAUUUCUCAUUCCUAGAGAUGUGCUACACCUCAGUCACAAUUCCCCGACUGCUGGGGGACUUUCUCACUGGCCCCCAAUCCAUCUCCUUGCAGGCUUGCAUUACCCAGAUGUAUUUCUUCUUCUCGCUUGGUACCACAGAAUUUUUCCUCUUGGCUAUUAUGGCCUAUGACAGGUACUUAGCCAUCUGCCAGCCACUGCAGUAUCCUGUGCUCAUGAACAACCAUGUCUGUGCUUGCCUAGCCUGCAGUUGCUGGCUGGGGGGCUUCCUGACCCCCUUCGUGCCCAUAGCCUUCAUCUCCCAGCUCCCCUUCAAUGGCAGCAACCAGAUCAACCACUUUUUCUGUGACACGAGCCCCUUAAUUAACUUAUCGACUGGAGACACCUUCAUGGCUGACACAAUGGUCUUUCUUGUCUCUGCAGUGAUUGUGCUUGUGUCCUUUCUCCUGACUUUGACUUCUUAUGCCCUGAUUGUUUCUACCAUCUUGGAUCUCCCAUCUGCUUCUGGAAGGCACAAGACCUUUUCCACAUGUGCCAGCCAUCUCACGGUGGUCACCAUCUUCUACAGCACUGUCAUCUUCAUGUACCUCUGUCCACAUUCCGGUCAGACUUCUGAACUGGAAAAAGUGGUAUCUGUGUUCUAUACUGUCAUCACCCCAGUGCUGAAUCCCAUCAUCUAUACCCUCAGGAACAAAGAUGUGAAAAAAGCCUUGGGAAAGGUCCUCAACCGAGUAAAGAACACGUAUCUGAAGAACACACAGAGAACUGCCCUUACUGUAUUGUCAUGAACCUUGGCAUACUCAAGUUGUUUGUGA